GGGGAACGUCUGCGGAGGAGGAGAGAGAAGGAAAGGUUUUAUAGAGGAAGUCUUUGGCUGAGUGUUUGCUUUGGCUGCGUUCCCUUCUUUUAUUUACUGAAUUCCAGAGGUGACCAAUAAAUAAAAAUGAAGUUCAUCAUUGGCAUUGGAGGAGUGACCAACGGUGGAAAGACCACUUUGACAAAUAGACUUCUAAAGACAUUACCCAACUGUUGUGUUGUACAUCAGGAUGACUUUUUCAAGAAACCCGAUCAAAUAGAAGUCGGGGAGGACGGCUUUAGACAGUGGGAUGUGAUCACCGCUCUGGACAUGGAGGCCAUGGUGAACACUGUCAAAGGCUGGCAGGAGAACCCGGUCAAGUUUGCCCGCUCGCACGGCGUCAGCCUGUCACCUGAAGUCGAGGAGGGUGACUCAGAGAAGGGCAUCCACGUUCUCAUCGUAGAGGGGUUCCUUAUCUACAACUACCUGCCUCUUAUCGACGUCUAUGAUAAAUGUUUCUACAUUUCCAUUCCUUAUGAGGAGUGCAAGAAGAGGAGGAGUACAAGGACAUACACAGUCCCCGACCCCCCUGACCUGUUCGAUGGCCAUGUCUGGCCCAUGUACUUGAAACACAGGAAAGAGAUGGAGAACAACUGUGACAGAAUAGAAUACCUCGAUGGGAUGACUUCAAAGGAUGAAAUCUACGGCAAAGUGUAUGAAAGCAUUCAGAACUCCCUGCUGAACAACUUAUAGCAGGACGGGGGCAGCAAAGGAUCUGUGUAUAGACUUGUAAAUAUCAUUGUGCAUCAGUGUGUGACCCCAGUCGUUCUUCUAGCAUGACUUGUAAAUAGUUAAUCCUGUAACUUAUUAAAAACUAAUGGCAGAAACUUUGUGUUUUGUAUAACCCUGUGUAACUUUUUCUAAAAGAUAAGCCACCUCUGGACCGCCCAGUGUUUAACAUCAGCGUCAGAUACGAUGUGAUUGAAUGUGACAGAAAGAAAAAGCCCACUGGGAGGACGGAUUUGUGUCUCACAACUAAAUGAAGCCACUGAAUCCA